GGUCCCUAGUGCAGGAAAUCUGCACGGCUUUGCAAAAACAAGUAGAAGGGAUCGAAUGGGUCCAAAGAAAAAAACGCUGGGAAAAGAUCCUCCAAGCGUCCGACAUCACACCACAAAUAAUCGGUAUGAAGAACUGUCUGAAUGAUGCUAUUCAUCGAUUCGAGCUAAGAUCAUUGACUUUAAUCCUGCUUCGUACUGAGCAUGCAUCGGUUCAAUCCGAGAUAUCGAAACUUAGGCGAGCCCCGGCCGAGCACAUUUAUGUGAAAAGCAAGUCAGAGUGCCUACCAGGCACAAGGGAUAAGAUUCAAAAAUCCCUACUCGAGCACCUGAAGGAAGCUAAGGACCGAUUCGUUUGGCUACGAGGAUCUCCUGGGAUGGGAAAGACUGCGAUAUCUAUGAGUGUCGCAUCCACUCUUAUGGAGAAGGGUCUGCUGGCCGCGUCAUUCUUUUGGGACAAGAACCAAGCAGGAACAGGCUUGGAUUCUAUCGAACUGUUCCCCUCUACCCUUGCCUGCUAACUUGCAUCCUUCAAUGAAGACUUCAAAUUGUCGCUUGUCAGACGCCUUCGGCAACCGGAUUUGGCCUUUGUUCAGAAUCUCCCUCUGGAAAAACAAAUCAAUACUCUGAUAAUUGAGCCGAUGCAUGAGCUCAAGGGUGUGUUUUCUUCAGACAAGCAUCGCUUCGUCAUCAUCUUGGACGGUCUGGAUGAGUGCGGGGAUCAGGAGAGACUCGGAUCU